AUGUGUCUAAACUCAGAACUUUGCGUCUUCGACCCAGCAGGAGAUGUCGUUUUGAUAGUCGAGACUCAUCAAGAGAUUUUUCCUAUCAGCUUCGAGGUACCCGUGGAGACGACAUCAAUCUAUAACACUCUACAGAACGACGUCCUCGCCAACGAUGACCCUGCCGCGACUGCGAAUGCGAUCAUGCACUAUUCUUCGGUAAAUGUUAGUUCACGACAGCACGAAGUCGUUUCGUCACAGAGCGCAAAGAAUACGCGAACAGUUCGUAUGAAGGUGCCGUCAAAGCAUCUUGCGUUUGCUUCCCCUGUUUUCGCGGGUAUGAUCAGUGUGAGAGGACAAGAUGAGUCUGAUGACACAUGGACGGAGAUUCCUCUUGCAGGAGAUGACAUUCAUGCCUUAAAGAUUUUGCUCAAUAUCAUCCACGGUCAUCACCGAAAAGUACCGCGCAAAGUGGAAAGGCCAAUGUUGUGGGAAGCUCUAAGACUCAUUGACAAGUACGAAUUUCAUGAAGUGACGGAGGUUUUCACAGAUAUAUGGUAUGGAGAGCUUCGACAGAAGCUGCCUACAGGUCCCGAUAAUGAUCUAGCGUCGUGGAUUUAUAGUUGCUCUGAGCUGAAUCAAACAGCAGAUCUUGAGAACACGACGAGGAAUGCGAUUCUAGAGACAGAUUGUUCGUUUCCCUCCAGGCAGGAAGCACAAUUACCCUACUGGAUCCUUGAAACAAUGCAAGCUCGACGGCGAAGUGUCCUGAGUAAAAUUCUUUCUACGCUUUCGAAACUUGUCGAAAUGUACGAAGGUCCGCGUCGUAUGUGUCACCAAGUUGUCGACUGUGACGCUCUGGCGCUGGGGAAAUUGAUUCGAGGACUCAAGAGUGCUCGUCUGUACCCAAUCCCGGAGCUUGCAACUUUGACAACAUCGCCCAAAGAUUUGAUGAAAAGUAUUAGAGAUAUAGAAUUGGCCCCCUUGUGUAAUUCAUCUCGUAAGAAGGGAUAUAAGCACAGCGGUUUUCUGCAGGACGAUGAUGAACGUCUAUCAGUCCUCCACUUAGACCAGGAGCUACGAGACUUACUGAUACGUACGGAGGCUCAGGUUCAAGGACUAGAACUUCACAAGACAUCUGGUCCGACCCUCGAUGGCGCCUGA